AUGGCUGCCGCGUCGCGGACGGGCGCCAAAUUGACGAUCACAGGCUCGGGCUCGGGCCCGUCAGCAGCCUCGUCGUCGUCGUCGCCUGCCUCGGUCUCGGCCUUCUCCGUCUCGUCGGCAGACUGUGCCAGCGCAUCCGCAUCCGACGCACUCUCCUCGCCCCAUACCCAUGGUGACCAUGCCCAUGCUCCUCAUCCUCAUCCUGCGGACGACGACGCCAUGCCAUCGGCAGGCGAUGCCGCCGUAGUGGACGAUGCCGCCCCCGCGAUGGACGAUGCUGCCGCCGCCACAGCCACCGAUGCCGCAGCCGCAAAUACCGAUGCCGCCGCAAUGGAAGACGCCGCCACAGAUAACGACGCCGCCGCAACGGAUGAUGCCGCAGCCGGUCCCGCAGACGUGAUUGCCCCUGCUUCGGCUGAGGCCCUCCCGGGCCUGGGAUCGGAUCCUUCGCCGGGGGCAGAUACCGUGCUAGCGGCAGACGGCGGCGAGGUGGAAAGCGACUCGCUCGAUGGCGAGCCGGCAAACGAUGCCGAUGCGGCCCCGGCAGAGGCUGCUGAUCCAGAUGCACCUGUGGCGGGCGACAACCGCGCCGCCGCCGAGCUACCGCAUGCCGCUUCCGCUGCCGCUGUCGCUGCCGGGACCCGUCCUCCGCAAUCUGACGGCGCUGCCGCUGCUCUGCGCGACGAGAUCUCCGCACUCAGAGCCACCAACGCCACGCUCGUCGAGACACACGCGACUCAGGUGGCCGCGCUGCAGGCGACCGCAGCCUCGGCGUCCGACGCGCUCGCCCUCACCCGCGAGGCGCUCGAGGCGAGCAAGUCCAAGACAAGCGGUCUCGAGAGCCAGCUGGAGAAGCUGCGCCUCGCUGCCGCCGCCGAGGCCACUGCGUACUCGACACAGAUUGCCACCCGCGACGAGCAGCUUGAUGCGCUUCGUGGCAAGGCUGCCACGCUCGAGGAAGAGUCGGCCGCCGCUGCCGCUGCCGCUGCGGCCCGCAUCGCCGACCUCGAGGCGGCGCUAGCCGAGCAGACUGCCGCCACUGCCGACGCAUCGGCUCAGGUGGCACAGCUAACUGACGCGCUGGCGACUGCUCAGACCUCCGCCGCCGACGCCGCCGCCACGUCGUCGUCUCGCAUCGCCGGCCUCGAGGCCGACCUUGAGUCUGCCCGCGCCGAUGCAGCAGCCAAGUCCGCCGACAACGACACCGCGCGCGCCGAGCUGGCCUCGCUCAAGGACCGUCUCCUCGACAUCACCACCCGCCUCGCCAACGCGCAGUCGGCCGAGACCGCUCUGGGCGACGAGGCGCGCACGCUGCGCAACGAUCUGGAGGCGACCCGGACCUCGCUCGCUGACGCCACCGCGUACGGCGAGGAGCAAGCCGCCGCGCGCGAGGCUGCCGAACUCGCCCUCGCCUCGACCCAGGCCUCACUCGCCUCGGCCCGCGCUGACACCGAGGCCGAGCUCGCCGAGAUGCGCGCCGUGGUCGAGACCAAGGAGAAGAUGAUCCAGGAGGUGUGCGCCGGCCACUUUUGGGGUUACGAUGCCACUGGGCGCUUUGUCGGUGCUGCUGCCAACCAGCGCGAGGCCGUCGAGCUCGCCCGCCGCGGUUGGCAAGAGGUCAUCUUCUACCGCGAGAACGCCCUCGCCCGCGCCGACGCCGCCAUCGCCGCCGCCCCGGCCUCGGCUACGGCCCUCAACGCGGUCUCGUGCUUUGACUUUACGCUGUUCAAGGCCACACUGGUGCAGAUGCGGCGGACGGACGACCUCAUCACCAACACCCUCAACGACCUCUCGGUUGGCGCCUCCGAGCCCACCGACGACGCCUGCCGCAAGGUCUACAACUCGCUGAAAGAGCUGUAUGACCUGCGCCGCUCCAAGAUCGACGGCUGCCUCGGCGAGCUCAAGGCCGAAAUGGCCGCCCUCAACAAGGAGCUCGAGGCCUACCCGGACGACCCGGACCUUGCCGAGGACAUCUCCUCCAUCCGCUGGAAGCUCGACGCCCUCUACACCGAGGACGAUGUCGAGGACAUCACCCAGCGCCGCUCGCUCGACGCCUUUCGCGCAAAGUGCCGCUCCUUCCGCGUCCCGCGCUCCCGCGCCUCGCGCGAGCGCACGGCCUCCAAGCCCGACCCGGUCGCCUACGUGCCCAAGGCCUCGCGCUUCGACUGA